UUAAAUACCAUGGGUUAGAUAUAAUAGAUAUAAAUACCUUCAUGAGCACUCCCAUCUCCAAAAGCAGUCGAACAGGCGGAGGAAAAGAACGGGCAUACAUGAGCGCCAUUUUGAAAAACAGGGCGCGGAAUAACCUAUCUCGGGCGUUUAUGAGAGGGUUUGUUCCCUCCACUGGCAUGUCGACGAUCAAAAUAACUUCAACCAGUAUUUUAGGUCCCAAAAAUCGGCAGCCUUGAAUGUCUAAGCAGUUCUACUCUGCUAAAAUAUCUUUUCAUCUUUGUCAAUGAAGUACCUUCGCAAUGAAGUUCAUGUUUUGAUGACGUUUUAUCACCCAGGUCUCUCACGGUCGCUCUAACCCUCGCUAACCCAGGAGCUCGCGACGUACCACGUGCAGAUCACGGGGUGUCGUUAUCUUUUCAAAUUUCGACACUUUCAUUGUUCGGUAAGGAUCAUUAGUCUGGUUUGGUCUGUCAGUAAAGAUGGCAAGCCUUAGCUCAGUCAAUUUGCUCGCAUUCCUGGCCUGUGCUACGAUCUUAAACCAUGGUACAGCAAAACAAAGAAAUGCGACCGUUUUGGUUCUUGGCGGAGGUAUAUCUGGAAUUGCCGCCGCAAAAACCCUGAGUGACCUGGGAAUCAAAGAUUUCAUUAUCUUAGAAGGAACAGACAGGAUUGGAGGAAGAAUGAGAAAAAUGACAUUUCACAACACUACCAUUGAACUUGGAGCAAACUGGAUUCAAGGGGUCAAGGGAAAUCCCAUCGAAACAUUAGCGCUAAAAUGUGGAUUGCAAGGAAAGCUUGAGAACAGAUCAUUUGUGAUUAGAAAUGAAAGUGGAUUUAAAACAACUGAAAAAGGAAAGAUGAGCCUUCUGAAACAUGAUGAAGACAUCAUUGACAAGAUGCAAAUCACACGCAGAAAGUUGAAAUAUGAGGACAUUUCCGCCCGAGUAGGUCUACGAAUUGCAAACUGGCUACCUUCCAAUCCGGAAGAAAUGGCUACAGAGUACUUUGAAUACGACUUUGAAUAUGCAGUCCCACCUAAAUACGUUUCACUUAGAACAAAGAUAGCCGUCAAUGGAACCAUUCACUCAGUAGGGGGGGAACAACUCUUUGUUACAGACUCAAGAGGGUACGUGCAUAUUGUGAAUUGUUUGGCGGGCAUGUUUCUUGAACCCAGGGACUCGCGGUUACAGUUGAACACAAAAGUGAAGGAAGUCAAGUGGAAUACGAACGGCGUUUAUGUCACUUCCGACAACGGUGACGUGUACACCGCAGAUUACGCUCUUGUGACUUUCAGUAUCGGUGUACUUAAAAGCGGACUUAUCCAGUUUACACCCGAACUUCCUAACUGGAAAUUAGAGGCGAUUUUCAAGCUAAAUAUGGUUAUAUAUACCAAGAUAUUUGUAAAGUUUCCCUCUAAAUUUUGGGAUGAUGAAGAGUAUAUUCUUUACGCUUCUAAAAGAAGAGGUUACUAUUCUAUGAUGCAGAAUUUAGAAGCAGAUUCUCGUCUACCGAAGGGAACCAAUAUACUUUUGAUCACAGUCACGGGAGAAGAGUCCAUAAGACUAGAAUAUCAGACCAACGAACAAACCAAACAAGAAAUCAUGGAAGUUCUGAGAAGUAUGUAUGGUACAAGCAUUCCUGACCCAAUAGACAUUUACUAUCCAAGAUGGGGACUUGACAAGUUUUUCUUCGGCUCAUGGGCAAACCUACCAAUCGGAAUAUCUAGUGAUGAUUACGUCAAACUUCAGAAACCCGUCGGACACGUGUUUUUCUCCGGCGAGGCAACUGACGAGUUGUACAACGGGUACGUUCAUGGCGGAUACUUGACCGGGGUGAAUCAAGCUGAAAAGAUUGCACACUGCAUACAAACUGGAUCCUGCGAUAAUUAACACAAUAAAGGCCGCUUAAAACUAAGCCAGUAAAAUCCCCUAUUCAAAUAGAAGAUUACUGAAUAUGGCAGAUCGAAGAAUUAUCAAUUUCUUAGAGUGUACGACAAAUUACACAUAGUUACUUUUUUAGGCAAGGGGUGAAUUUGAAGAAAAAACAAAAUGUGUUGUAGACAAGAGAGUGCUCCCUCGCUAUAGAGAAAACAUUCCGCCCAUGAGUUUUGGAAUAGAAAAAAACAAUGUCGUUAGUGUAACUAAUGAGAAAACACGCCAGGUAGCUCGAUUCAUUUUCAGCUCUGUUUUCCACUGAUAUCGAAUAAAUGAAUAUAUUAUGACGAUGAGUACUACAGGUACGGUCCUAAUUACAGAACCCAAAUAAACACAAGAUUUCAUCUCUCUUUUCCGUUUUCUUACUCCCGACCUGAGGGGGAGGUUGAAAUUUUGGCUAAGAAAACUUGAAAAAAAAAA